CUGAAGUGUAGUUGAGCUGUUGUGUGUUUGUGUCUCUGUAUUCAUGCAGUAAAAUGGAAGAAGACAGAAUUUCCAUAAAUAAGAAGGAGUUCACGUGUGCAGUGUGUCUGGAUCUCCUGAAGGAUCCAGUGGCCAUUCCCUGUGGACACAGUUACUGUAAGAGCUGUAUUACAGGCUGCUGGGAUCAGGAGGAUCAGAUGAGAGUCUACAGCUGCCCUCAGUGCAGACAGACCUUCAGCAGUCCAAGACCUGCUUUAGCUAGAAACACCAUGCUGGCUGAAGUGGUGGAGAAACUGAAGAAGACCAAACUUCCUGCUGACUGUUACGCUGGAGCUGGAGAUGUGCAGUGUGACGUCUGUACUGGAACAAAAUACAAAGCCGUCAAGUCCUGUCUGGUGUGUCUGAACUCUUACUGUCAGAAUCACCUUGAACAACACGAGAGUUUCUUUAAAGGAAAGAGACACAAUUUGACUGAUGCCACUGGACGACUGCCGGAGAUGAUCUGCCAGAAACAUGAGAAGAUCCUUGAGGUUUUCUGUCGCACUGAUCAGAAAUGUAUAUGUGUGCUGUGUAUGGAUGAACAUAAAAACCACGACACUGUAUCAGCUGCAGCACAGAGGACAGAAAAACAGAAGCAGCUGAAGGAGACGCAGAAGACGUUCCAGCAGAGAAUCCAGCAGGGAGAGAAAGAUCUUCAGCAGCUGAGAGAGGCUGUGGAGUCUCAUAAGCGCUCUGCACAGACAGCAGUGGAGGACAGUGAGAGGAUCUUUACUGAGCUCAUCCGCUCCAUUGAGAGAAGCCGCUCUGAGCUGAUACGGCUGAUCAGAGAUCAGGAAAAGCGAGCAGUGAGUCGAGCUGAAGGACGACUGGAGCGACUGGAGCAGGAGAUCAAUGAUCUGAGGAGGAGAGACGCUGAGCUGGAGCAGCUUUCACACACACAGGAUCACAUCCAGUUCCUGCAGAGUUUCCAGUCUCUCUCAGCACCUCCUGAAUCUACAGACAUAAAUGAUGAUCCCUUCAUUUCUCUCGUCUCUUUUGAUGGUCUGAGAGAAUCUGUCCAUCAGCUGAAAGACAAACUGGAGGAUUUCUGCAAAGAGGAGCUCAAGAAGAUCUCAGACAGAGUCACAUUCAACAACAUUGUUCCCAGGACCAGGAACGACUUCCUACAAUGUAAGUCAGUAAGAAAACAAGCAGAAAAACUCACUGAGUGUGUUCAUGUUCUUCCUGUAGAAGGUGAAAGAAUAAUUGAUGAUGUAAAUGAUGAUUUGCACAGGAUAUCUGCUCAUCUGUACUGAGACACUGAUGAUACACUGAACAUGAAGAGUUCAGCUACAUGAAAACAUCAAACAGAUUCAUAAUUCCUGAUUCUGAUGUGUUUUAUCUCCAUCAGAUUCCCAUCAGCUCACUCUGGAUCUGAACACAGUGA